ACACCUCUAUGCGACAAGCCAUCGCCUGCUUCCUCCCUCCUUCCUCAAUAGCCUUCCUCGAUAAGAGAAAACUAAGGUACCACGACGAAGGAAAGGGCGCGCGCUCUCUCUCUCACUCUCUCUCACGUAUAUAUAUAGAUUUGUUUAGGUCUUGGAAGAAGUGUAAAAUCGAUUUCGCGUCGAUAAGCUCGGUUCUGGAAGAAGUUUGGGAGGUUUGAUCCAUAGAAAACGGACGAGCGAUGUCGAUGUUUGAUGCCUUCUUCAAUAAGGGAUUCCAAGGAACCAAAUGCAAAACACUGCUGAAGCUAACGAUUCCAAGAAUAAAGUUACUGCGGAAUCGGAGGGAGAUUCAACUGAAGCAGAUGCGAAGAGACAUUGCAAAGCUUCUUGAGAAUGGACAGGAGGCCACUGCCCGGAUCCGGGUGGAGCAUAUUAUUCGGGAGGAAAACAUGAUGGCAGCACAGGAGAUUAUUGAGUUAUUCUGUGAGCUAAUUGCUGUCCGUCUUCCCAUAAUUGAGACCCAGAGGGAAUGUCCUCUUGACCUUAAAGAAGCAAUUUCCAGCAUUUGUUUCGCUGCACCAAGAUGUGCAGAUUUACCUGAAUUGCAGCAAGUUCAGAUGUUGUUUGCAGCCAAAUAUGGAAAGGAAUUUGUUGCAGCUGCCACGGAGCUCAUGCCAGAUUGUGGAGUCAACCGCCAGAUAAUUGAACUAUUGUCAGUUCGGGCUCCUUCAGUGGAAGCAAAACUGAAGUUGCUGAAGGAAAUUGCUGAAGAGCAUGAGUUAGAUUGGGAUCCAUCUGCCUCUGAAACCGAGUUUCUAAAACCACACGAUGAUUUGUUGAAUGGACCAAACCACUUCACCAAUGGGUCUGCGUUGCCUCUUCCCAAAGAGAAACACAAUGAAGCACUAUCUUCCAACCUUGUAGAAGAGUCUCAUGAAGAGUUGGAUUCAGAUGCGGGCUUUGCUUCCUUAGAUCUUCCUGAAGUUCCAAAAAUUUCUGUCCAUUCAACAUCCAAUAUCCCUUCAGCUCCAGGAAUUGUUCCAAAUGUACCAUCCUCUCCGCCGCAUGACUACGAAGUUGAUCAGAAGGUCAACAAAUCUGCUUCAAGUGAGAUGUCCCACUUUCCUCAUGUGGAGCCUGGGGUAAAUAACCCAGAGCCAUCAAUUGCUCCCCCCUACGCCCAGUCCGAUGUUUCAGUUGCAUUGGGGGAAGACGAACAGUUCAUCUCAUUUGUUUCUUCUCCAUUGCCUUCUGAUCAAGUGUCUGCCAAGCAAACUGAGUUGGCACCCUCUCCCCCAUUAUUUUCAUCUGUUCCAGUAUCAGCGGGGCAAAGUGAGAGAGCUCCUUCAUCCUCAUUAUCUGCAAAGAAAAGUGAGUCAGCUUCCUCCUUUUCCAAGGGCAACAAUGAGGGCAAUGUAGACUUGCAGGAUGUACUGGCAGCUGCUCAGUCUGCUGCCGAAACUGCUGAACUGGCUGCAGCGGCUGCACGUGCUGCUGCGAACCUUGCACAGGUUAGAAUCACAGAUCGUGUAACGAAAAGGAACAGCAUGGCCUCUGAGAGUGAUGAAAAUGAAUUCGAGGGGGAGGGUUCUGGUCAACAGGAUGUGAUGGAAAACCCAAUAUUUGAUCAUCAAGAUUCAUUUGAUCAUAUGAACAACAUUCAUGAGUCAAAAUGGGGAUUUGAUGCACCGUCUCUUUCUUCUAAUGAAGUGCCCAGAAUGGAAGAUGGGUCACCUGUUUCAAAGGAACAAAUGCCCGAGCAUCAACCUGCUCAUGCGCCUCAGCGAUUGACCUCUUUGGAGGACGAUCCAUAUUUUUCAUACCCCAAUUUGUUCACCUCACAGGACUCAAAUCAAAAAUUGAGUAUUCAUACUUCGGUAGAUAAUUAGAGAUCUGCUCAUGGGUUUUGAGUGUGAUAUCAGAAGUAUAGCUAGUUUUGCUUAUGCUCUACACUAAAGCAACUAAAGUGUUGUUUCUAGAGACUGCCUCUUUGUCCCCCAUGUUUUAAGGCUUAUUGGUUCUUCAAAUUGAUUUCAAUUUUAGGAUUUGCAGGUAACUUUUAUGUAUAGUGAAUAAAAGUUGUUUGUUUUAAGAACUGGUGCGUUUGAUGUAUAUUCUUUGAGUGGCU